GACGAAGGAGAACCAGGAAGUGUUACUUGACACGUCUGUUGUUAGUCAACAUGAACCAAGAAAAAUAUCCGCGCUCCUCAAUUGAGGAUGAUUUUAAUUAUGGCACGAAUGUCGCGACUGCGAGCGUCCAAAUCCGCAUGGAUUUCCUACGCAAAGUGUACACGAUCCUGUCCAUACAGAUCUUUCUAACUACAGCUGUAUCUGGCCUGUUUAUGUUCUGUGAGCCCAUCAAAAACUUUGUACAUUCAAGUCCCUCACUGGUCCUGCUGUCUGCAGUUGGAUCUCUGUUUUUGAUCAUUGCCCUGGCUAUUUAUCGCCACCAGCAUCCGAUUAACCUCUAUUUACUGCUGGGAUUCACUGUGCUGGAGGCCGUGUCUGUAGGUACAACUGUCACGUUUUAUGAAUACUCAGUGGUAUUCCAGGCCUUCGUGCUCACAUCGGCUGUCUUCGCUGGCUUAACUGCCUACACACUUCAGUCCAAACGGGACUUUAGCAAGCUCGGAGCUGGGCUGUUUGCAGGUCUGUGGAUUCUAAUCAUUGCCAGCUUUCUGAGGAUUUUCUUCCAAAAUGACACAGUGGAGCUGGUUUUCGCCGGAGCCGGCGCUCUGCUCUUCUGCGGCUUCAUCAUCUACGACACACACAUUCUGAUGCGCAAGCUGUCACCCGAGGAGCACAUACUGGCCUCCAUCAACCUCUACCUGGACAUAGUCAACCUCUUCCUGCACAUUCUGCGCAUCCUUGACUCCAUGAAGAAGAACUGAGAGGAGAACCUGCAUGCUCUUUCUCUGGAAAGUCGCCGCAGGUGAUUUCUAGGUGGCUGGGAAAAAAAAGAUCAAUUACAUUCGUUAAAUCCUUGCAUAUUGUUUCUUUGGGUUAGUCUUUAGGCUCAUGCUUGAAUUCUUUAAAAAUGUGUUUAAAAUUUUCAGUCAAAGACUAUUGCCAGUUUAUUAGGCACAUGAACUCACAGGCCUUAAAUAGUAGUUAGACUUAUUUGUUGGUCUUGCCAGUAAAAAAGAUUUAGAUAAAAUAACCGUUUUAUUUCCCUGAAAGAAAAAAUUAUAUGCUUUUUUAUCUGCAGUGUAUUGCCCGUUCCAGUGCAUUGUAAAAUGUUAAUGUAAGAGGACCACCACAGGACACGUAAUGUAUCAUUAAUUGUAUAUCAGAAGACCAAAAUUGUGCAGUAUUGAGAGUAGGUGUACCUAAUAAACUGGCACCUAAUGAAACCGCCUGUCAUAUUGUAUCUACCAAGCUAAUCGUUUUUGUUUAAUAGUUUCAAGAGUUCAUUUAAAAUGCAGUGAAUCUUGUGAAGUAAUGCAAGGUGCAAGUUAAUUAUUAUUGAAUAUAAAUUAUAAAUAUUGGAUAUAAAUUGAUAUAUUGGAAUUUAUGCAAACAAAUUUUUAAAAUAAGAGACAGCUAGUCAGAAAAAAGGUUAAUAUAUUAGGGGUUUGAAAAUAAGCUUAUGAGGUGCUAAACCAGUAGCUCUGAUACUUCUCUAUGUCAUCAUGGGAGGAAAGCAGACUCAUUGAUAUCAUCAAGUCUCUAAUCGUUACCGUAAGAAUGUGAAGCCCAAAGUUUACUAAGGUUAAAUCAUUAGGGCGAGAAGUUAUUAACGAUGAAACUGAAACACUGGUCUUUUAAUUGUAAAAAUAAGUGCAUGGUCACUUUAAUUGGGACACUCUGGAAAAGGACUAGAACCCAUAUUUUGACAGAGGUGGGUCCAUGAGUUCAUUUUGAACAGUAAACUAGUUUUUAGUGCCACACUAUAUACAUACCAUAUUUUAAAUAAUUUCCUGUAAAUAUGAUGAACCCAAUGUUUACUUGCUAUUACAUUGUAAUUUAUUCACCUACAUAGUACUGUAUAUGUGCAAUAUUAACAGGGAAUUUGUAGUAAGCAUGUUAUUGAUUCAAAUUACUGAAUGUAUUAUCGGCAACUGAGAUCAAUCAAUGCGAAUUAAAGUCAUGUAUGUAUAAAAUGACCAAGUAAUAUAUUAAAUAUUUGUCCUGCCA